CUGAACUGUCAUCAGCACAGUUUCUGGACCUCUUGGGACUUCAUCUAUACGCGCCAGGUCGCGAAUUCCGCAUUGUAAAUCAGGGACGGAGUCAAGUUGAAGUGAAGCAAGUUUUUCGAUUUUCGAUUCGCUCUUUUUGGCAAUCAUUAUUCUUGUCCGGAGCCAUCACCUUCGAGCAAUAUUCCCCGCCGUCAGGCCUCCCUUUUCGCUUUCCCUAACCUACACCAACUUUGAUACCUCGGCAACGACCGCCACGACAUCGCCACCAGCGACGCCUAAUUCAUUCCUUACCGCCGACGCUCUUUUAUUCAGAACCACUAGAACCACCACGACAAUGACCGACCUCACCGUACUCGUCUCGCCGAUGCCGCUCCCGACGCCCAGCGCGCCCGCUCCGAGCUCCCCCUUCAUCACCGCGCUCAAGCGCCGCAGCCUUGGCCUUGGCCUUGGGCGCUUCGGCAAGAGCGCAGCGGAGCUUGGGAAGCACCACCAGGAGAGCAGUCAACAUCACCACAGCGCGCGCGGCUCGAAGAGCGCGGUUGACCUCGGGCUGGAUGACGCAGCGACGGAGAAGGCCGCGGGCACCCUUGACGGGCUUGAGGAACGCGGGCGCAUCGACAGCCGCCGGUGCAGCGGGAAGGGCAUCAUGGUCACACUCGAGCGCGAGCUCGACUCGGAGGAGGAUACCGAUGCGGACGCGGACGAGAAGCCGGCGAUGCGCGGGCGUACGUCCUCCGCAUCGACCAAGCCGGACACCUCGCCGCGCACGCCGAGCGCCAGCCCGAAGAACAAGAAGGCGCUGCGCCUCUCCUCGCCGCUGCCCUCGCCGUCGUCCACGAAGCCUAAGGACCCGCUCAUGUAUCCGAAGGCGCGGCCUCAUCCGAAGAAGAUCCCUUCCUACGACCCCGGGUUGCUGUCGCCCCCGCCGCCGGGCUUCCGCCCUCGCCAUCGUCCCACGCGCAGUCGCAGUGCGCCGCCAGUCGGCGAGGCGCCGCAAAGCCCGCGCCCUGGCGAUGCGAUCAAUCCUGCUGCCAUCGGCCACGGCGCACGUCAGGCGCGCACGCGCAUGGCGACCGUACCUGCUCCUGCCCCUUGCGACUUUGAUGCGUACAUGCGCGGCGAGACGCAGAACUACACGCCUGCGCGGCGCAACGACGCAGACGACGACGAUGAUACGCCGAGCCGCUACGCCAAGAUUAGCAAUGAGCGCGGGCUCACGGAAUACGAGAAGAAGCGCGCAUUCGCAGAGUGGGAACGCAAGCAGGCAAAACGGCGUACGGGCGAAGUCAGGCAGAUCGAGAUACCCGACCUCCCGAGCAUCGAGUCGACCAUGUCGUCGCCCUUAGACGGUGCACGGAAUCGUUGGCGCGCGGCGACCGAGUUCGAGAUCCCCUAUCCGCGCUCUCCAGAUAUGGAUGACGACACGGAAUCCUGCCGCUCAAUAGCGUUCUCUGACACGACCUUCAACCGCAGUCCGUUUGGGCCUGGGGGUGCAUUAGGACCCCGUUUAAUGCAGCGCAGGAGUCUGACAACGCCGUGCGCGGGCGAGCUUGUCCGUCCCGAACCGCCCCUUCUUCGUCCGUCACCCUUCUGGCGCCAUACCCCGCGAUCAGGCGUGACGCCCUUGUCAUAUUCGCCUGCUAGUGCACUGGUCAGGAGAUCUGCCUUCGUCGCCGCUGGUCUCGAUCUCGCGCCAGGUACGAAGGGCGACCUUCGCGCCCUCUGCGUCGAUGCGCGGGUUCGCGAGAAGAACCUCGUCGCGCCGCCCACGGGUAUCGAGGGCGUCGGUGUAUAGCAGCAGGUGUCAUCGUGCAAAGUCUCUCGUCAUGACGCGUCGCGAAUUCCCCACGCGCCGAGAGCACGGCCCUCCCCUGCUACUUUAUGUCCAGCAGGAGGUCAUUCACAUCAUCGCGCCUAGGAGAUCAUAGUGCUCCCCUUGUAGCGGUCUCUCCUUCUCGCGCAGGAUGUCUUAUUCAUCAGUUAGUACGCUGGAACACCGGAACACUGGGCGUGUCUGGUUAACGAUGCAGACGGUCAAGUUGUCUUUACAUACAUUCGGUUUUGGGUUGGAGCAGGACACCCGCACAUGGUCAUGGGCGCAUGACAAGCAUAGAUUUUCUUUCAGGUUACCCUACGCUGCUCUGCUUGUAUAGUACGAGUACUUAUACCACCGCAUGACCUUCACUGAGGGAGAAUAACACAUGCUAUAAUUAUUGGAAGCA